AUGUUGGAAAUGUUGAAAAAAGCUUUUGGUGAUUAUACUCUAUCAAAAACAAGAGUUUUUGAAUGGUACAAGAUGUUCAAGGAAGGCAGAGAAUGCGUUGAAGAUGAACCGUGCUCUGGUAGACCAUCCACUUUAACUGAUGAACAACAUGUUGCUCAAGUUGAAGAUUUGGUGUUCUGUGAUUAUCAAUUAACAAUUAGGGACAUUAUUGAACAUGUUCCAGUAUCAUUUGGAUCUUGUCAAGCAAUUUUAAAAGAUCAUUUGGGCUUAUGGCAUGUUGCUUCUCAAGUUGUCCUGAAAAUGUUGAAUUUUUUCCAAAAGCAACAAUAUGUUCAAGUGGCAAAUGCUUUCUUAAGGUGA